CACAGAGCGGCCACGGUAGUGUCACCUUUCCUUGCCCCCUAGACGCUGCCUUCCCGCUGCCACCAGUGUGUGAUUGUCAGCAGCUCCAGCCACCUGCUGGGCACCAAGCUCGGCCCCGAGAUCGAGCGGGCAGAGUGUACCAUCCGCAUGAACGAUGCUCCCACCACAGGCUACUCGGCCGACGUGGGCAAUAAGACCACGUUCCGCGUGGUGGCCCAUUCCAGCGUGUUCCGGGUGCUGAGGAGGCCCCAGGAAUUCGUCAACCGGACCCCCGAGACCGUGUUCAUCUUCUGGGGCCCCCCGAACAAGAUGCAGAAGCCUCAGGGCAGCCUCGUGCGCGUCAUCCAGCGGGCAGGCCUGGCCUUCCCCAACCUGGAGGCCUACGCCAUCUCUCCCACCCGCAUGCGCCAAUUUGACGACCUCUUCCGGGGUGAGACAGGCAAGGACAGGGAAAAGUCCCAUUCGUGGCUGAGCACUGGCUGGUUCACCAUGGUGAUUGCAGUGGAGUUGUGUGACCACGUGCACGUCUACGGCAUGAUUCCCCCCAACUACUGCAGCCAGCGGCCCCGCCUGCGGCGCACGCCCUACCACUACUACGAGCCCAAGGGGCCGGACGAGUGUGUCACCUACAUCCAGAACGAGCACAGCCGCAAGGGCAACCACCACCGCUUCAUCACGGAGAAGAGGGUCUUCUCGUCUUGGGCGCAGCUGUACGGCAUCACCUUCUCCCACCCCUCCUGGACCUAGGCCGGCCCGCCUGUGGGACCUCGGGGGACACGCGGGGGCUCUCCGCCCCGCCCUGGCCGUCUCCUGGCCAAUCAGGGCCGGAUGGAGUGCCUCCCAGCCAGUCAGGGCCCGAGGAGGGUUGUCCUUC